AUGUCAACCCGGAGCCCUGAGGAGCUGCUCAAAGCAGUCGAGGCAAGCCACGACCAAUACCUCCGUAACUUACGAAGUCUACAUGACUCCCUGGCUAGUGCCGCGAGAGACAGAUCAGAUACCAGGACAACAAACAACGCUCGCCAGCCAUCCCCCCUCCUACAACCUUCUCCAAGCCCCGUCCAGAGUCCAGGGCAGAGUCCACCGCUUUCAUCGGAAGCAACCUUUCAGCCUGCUCUUCGCCGUGCCCGCCGCUCAACCUUUUCAGACCCUAUCGAGAAGCGGACACUGUCCAGCGUCGUGGAGAGAAAGCACGUACCGGCCUCCAUCCACUCUGAGCUAGACGUCGAGUAUCUUCCCUUACUUGACAUUGCAGGCCCUCGAAGUGUCAACAGUUCAGAUGGGACCCUCACAAGCCCUCCCACAAAACUAGUUGAGCGCGUAUCAUGGACGGACAAUCAACUGCUACGCCAUCUCAAGUACACUGACUUCACCGGUGGCGCCGCUAUUGCGCUCACCGAUGUGAUCAAACGGCAAGCCGACAUUGACGAGGAUGCGGUAUUCGAGGAAUUCGCUGCAUAUGAAAGCCAGGGGUACGUCAGUUCAACCUUUGAGCUGUACGAUGUCGACAAGGAAGGAUCACCUAGACCCGUGGGCAAACACCCAGACCGCCGUCCUCGAGGCGCCGCAGCCGACGCAGCUCCAACUCCUACUCAGAUCGUCGACGCCCCGACGGUGUGGAACGCCCUCAAAGAGAUUCACGCCGAUGGCCAGGCCGUAGGUCUCGUAACGAUCCUACAAGAACCGUCAGCUCUCAUGCUCGGCGCGCUACAUAUGACGAUGCGCCCAUACUUCGACAUGACGGAGCUCCUCAACCAUCUCAUCACAGACCAUGGGAACAACGGCAAGACGACGGCCCACGUCCAUCGAGCCUUUGCGAAGGAUGCUUCGCCCUCGCAUCUCCGCCAGCGCAGCUUCUUCUUCGUUUUCAAGUACUACACAGUCGUAGGCGAGGGCCUCGAACCAGCCCCCUUUCAAAAGUACGAUAAACGCCCCGCGGACCGCCGCUCAAAGGACCACAUCGACAUUGCAGAAUGCAGCUCCAUCCUCGCCCUCUCCCUCUCCGGCCCGCCACGCCAAUCCGUGAAACAGACCCGCCGCCGCGAGGGCCCGCAAGAAGGCUUCCUCUUCGACACGUUCGCGCCGUGGCACCUGCUUUCGAUCCAGUCCUUCCCAGACGACGAACACACCCUCCGCGGCGGCGACGCCGAGGCGCACAAGAACUUCCCCUCGGGGCCCUACGCCUUCCUGGACGCCCUGGUGACCGAGUACCGCGACGCGACGAAGCGCAACCUGGCCCUCCACGCCCGCAUCGCGAAGCUCAUCACCCCGCCGACGGACUUCAUGUUCGACGCCCGCCUGCGCGACAAGCUCCUCUUCGAGGACAAGCACUUCACCUACAUCCGGCGGUACUUUUGGGCCUACAACACGCUGGGUGUCGUCAACGAGGGCCUGCGCGCCAUGCUGGCCGCCUACCGUGAGACGUUUCCCGACGACUUCUGGGAGGGGAGGCACCAGACGCUGUGGCCGCACCCGGCGCCGGAGAGCCCCGAGGGCGCGGCGUACCGCGACAAGAUGGUGCUCCUGCGGUCCGACCUUGAGCGCGCGUGUCGGGACCUGGAGACGGUGCACGCCAAGAAUGCGGCAACGCGCAAGGAGAUUGAGAAUCUGCGGGACCAGCUCUUCAGCGGGAGCUCCAUCAAGGAGUCGAGGAGGGCAAUCGAGCAGGGGGAUAACAUCAAGGUCCUGACGUUGGGGUCCAUGGUGUUUUUGCCCUUGACCUUUGUGACUUCAGUCUUUGGUAUAACAGAGUUUACAAUCUCACCAGAGGACUGGAGAUUCCCCGUGACAAUGGUCUGCGUCUGCGUACCCUUCAUCGUGGCUCUCAUCCUCCUGCAGACGCGCGCGGGGUACUCGCUCGCGAGGCACACCUUCGCCGCGCUCGCCUGGCCGUUUCGACUCUUCACGGACGCCGUUGCGGAUGAGCAGUUUACCCCGGCCGCCGUCAUCAUGCCCACGACGGAGACGAGACCCAGGAGGAAGAGGCGGUUGACGGGCCGUCGACCCCCUCCGACACGUUCGCCACGGCACCAGCAGCAACCGCCGCACCAGUACCAGCGUGGCAAUGAUUUGGGGUUGAUACAGUCUUUCAUGGGGUGGUGGACGUGGGUGAGGAAGAAUGGGAUUCGCAGGAGCGGCGGUGAGCGUGGUGACGGUUCGGCGUUUGGAAAUGUGUGA